AUAUGUCCUGCAGGUUCUUAUGUGAUGGAAAACGCGUAUCAAAGUACGGAUACAGGACAAAGACAGACAUGCAUUUCAGAUAUUUACAUUGUAUGUAAGCAGCCCCCAGCUCAUAGAUGUCCAUGUUUAUUUUGACAGUGAGCAACAUCAGGUGUCCCAGCUAUAUAGUCAAGCGGAAACAACUUCCUGGCUGUCAAACAUGGCGGGUGUGUGGAUACUGACUGUCACCGUGGUCACAUCGGCUUUCUGGAUACAGGAUGUCAUUGGUACCAGCUGCCCGAUAGGAAAGUUCGGAGAAACCUGCAGCUACUCCUGUCACUGUACUCCGACCUGUAACCCGACAACCGGAGUCUGCAGCGGUGCAUGUGAUCGAGGCUGGUUUGGUGGGAAUGGGCAAACCUGUCAGAAAGGGAACAUUGCCUACAAACAGACAGCAACUUCGUCCCCAACUGACUACACAGAUAAAGGUUGGACUGCAGACAAAGUUGUGGAUGGAAACCGGGACCAGGAUGUGCUCCACAACUCCUGUUUUCACUCUGCAUUAACAGACUCUAAAACUGUGUGGAGAGUGGACCUGGGACAGCCGUACAGGAUACAUGACGUCAGGAUAUACAACAGGGCAGGAUAUACUCAUUUGAUCAGGACUGCUGUCCUCUCCCUGAGUAACUCCAACAGCUCCACACCCGGCGUCACCUGCUACACCUUCCCCUCUGACACACCUCAAACACCCGACAGCGUGUACGACGUAACGUGUGACGGCACAGGGAGAUACUUCACCAUCACACACAAUAUACGGCUAAAUCUGUGUGAGGUGGAAAUUUAUGGUACGGAUAAUUGUUGA